AUGGGGGAAUUCACUUCCUAUAUUUACGCUGCAGAUUAUUGCCGCAGGAAAGAAAAUGGAGUUCUUGAGGAAACACCGAAGGCUAGAGCAGACGUCUCUUCCCACAUCCGCUCAUUAUACGACGCUGGGGUGCCCAUCUACAGUAAAGAAAUGAUUCGGGACGUUGUCGACCAGCUUCAGAGCGGGCAUCAGAAAGUCUUGGUCAGAGGACUCGACGGAAACAUUGUCGGUUUCCACAUAGAAACCGGACAAAUUUCUGAUUCAAUUGAUGGGUUCGACUUCGUUAUCGGAGCCCCUUUUAUUAUGUUUGUUUCCCCGCAAGCGCUUAUCCAUCAGGCUUUCGGAUAUGUCCAUCGUAUUGCGUACUGCAGCCUACAAAUCUUUCACAACUUAGAAAAACGCCACAGAUUGACAAAUGAAAUCGUUCACGUCACCCCCCGGCUCUCACCAAAGCAAGCUGAAGACUUCUUUGAGACGAACAAGCAGGCCUGGGCUACUCACGAGGUCCGAGGACAACUCCAGUCGAUGCUUUCGUCAAAAUCUCUUAGUCACGUCAACAAGAUUGUAGCCUUCGCAUGCGGCACGAUGGCUUUGACUGAUCAAGAGUCAUGGUCUAUAAGGUCGACGUACCAGCAUGCAUUAAUCACAACCCUCCGAGAUGACUUGAGUGAGCUACAACAAACGCAGCACUCCAUCCAAUGUUGUGCGCAAGACCCAGCCUAUACCGACACUGAUCGAGACAUCCUCCAAAAAUCAGGCAUCAAUGUUCUUGACAAUCCACAAGGGUUUUUGGAGGUGGACGAUUCGACGGUGGUGCUUUCCUUCGGCGCCGAAGUCCCAGUGAGACAAAUCAUUGCGGACAUUGCUCGACCGGCCAUGAUGAUCUGGGACCGAAGCCAGUACACCGAGGACGAACUCAACAAGACGGACCCUGAUUCCCCUCGCCUAACCGAAAUGAUUCAAAAUUUUUACGAAGAGAUUGAUUUUCCUGGUGAUCUGGACGCGUUCAAUCUCAGUGCCGUCUAUGUCAGACGAAAGUCAUGA